AUGCCGCUCUGUCUCACCUUCAUCGACUUAAAGAAGGCCUUCGACUCAGUUGAGACGGAAGCGGUCGUGGAAGCCUUGGACAACCAAGGCGUCCCUACUCAGUACAUAAAGGUACUUCGAGAGUUGUACACUAACUUCACCACCGGAAUUUUGCCAUUCUACAAGAACAUCAUCAUUGACGUGAAGAAGGGGGUACGACAGGGUGAUACAAUUUCAUCCAAAAUAGUCACGGCCACCCUCGAGAACGCAGUGCGAAAGUUGGAAUGGGACGACAUGGGAGUGAAGGUUGAUGGUCGGCAGCUACACCAUUUGCGCUUUGCUGAUGACAUCGUACUGAUAACACCUAGCAUCAGCCAAGCGGAACGAAUGCUGACCGAAUUCGACGAAACAUGUGGAUGCAUCGGUCUUCAGCUGAAUCUAAAAAAGAUGAUGUUUAUGCGGAACGAAUGGGUCUCGGAUGCCCCAUUCACGCUCAACGGAACGAACAUAUCCGAAUGCACCAGCUACGUUUAUCUGGGUCGGGUACUGAACAUGAUGAACGACCUGACCCCCGAGCUGGGCAGGAGGAGACGAGCGGCUUGGGGAGCGUACAAGAGCAUCGAGGAUGUAGUGAAGAAGACCAGGAACACCCGGCUCCGUGCUCACCUCUUCAACACCACCGUACUUCCUGCUUUGACCUAUGCUUCGGAAACCUGGGCAUUUCGCACGCAGGAAGAAAACGCGGUGAGCGUCAUUGAACGCGCAAUUGAGAGAGUGAUGCUAGGAGUAUCCCGUUUCACGCAAGUGAGGGACGGGAUUCGAAGUUCUCUCCUACAUCAGCGAUCGAAGAUUAGAGACGCCGCCGCGUUUGCCAAGGAAAGUAAAAUAAGGUGGGCCGGACACGUGAUGCGCUUUGAUGACAACCGUUGGACCAGAGCCGUGAGCGACUGGGUUCCCCGCGAUAUUAGUCGCACUACAGGAAGACCGCCGAGCCGAUGGUCAGAUUUCUUCACGAAGUCCUUAAAGAAAAAUAUGAUGCUCUUCGUGUCCCACGCGAAAGGAGGAACCACUGGGCUACUCUGGCACGCGAUCGGGACAAAUGGAAGAAUUACUGGCGCCCGCUCGACCAGUUCGAAGAUCAACGGGAGUCAAGGUGAUCAAGGUGAAUACAAUGUACAUCACCUUCACCAAGUAUUUAUUUGCCUCAUUAAUCCGUCAAGUAAAUAA